AUGACGGAAACGACGUUGGAACACGACGUCAUCAGCUACAGCGCCGGGGUCAGCGCCUGCGAGAAGGGCGAGCAGUGGCAGCGAGCUCUUGCGCUGCUCAAAGAGAUGCGGGAGGCAACGUUGGAGCCCAACGUCAUCAGCUACAGCGCUGGGAUGAGCGCGUGCGAGAAGGGUGAGCAGUGGCAGCGGGCUCUUGCACUGCUAUGCGAGAUGCGGGAGGCAACGUUGGAGCCCAACGUCAUCAGCUACAGCGCUGGGAUCAGCGCGUGCCAGAAGGGUGAUCAGUGGAAUUCAGCCCUGAUGCUGCUGAGCGAGUUGUGGGAGAUGAAGUUGGAGCCAGACGCUUUCAGCUACGGCGCUGGGAUCAGCGCGUGCGAGAAAGGCGAGCAGUGGCCGCGGGCUCUUGCAUUGCUGAGCGAGAUGAGGGAGUCGAAGUUGGAGCCCGACAUCAUCAGCUACAACGCUAUGAUCAGCGCUUCUGGGAAAAGCAAGCAGUGGCAGCAGGCUGUGUCGCUGGUCAGCGAGAUUUGUGAUGUGAAACUGGAGCCCGACAUCAUUAGCUACAAUGCUGGGGUCAGCGCGUGUGACGAGCAAUGGCAGUGGGCUCUUGCGUUGCUCAGCGAAAUGUCGGAGGCAACGUUGGAACCCAACGUCAUCAGCUACAGCGCUGGGAUCAGCGCGUGCGAGAAAGGCAGACAGUGGCAGCGGGCUCUAGAGCUGUUGAAAGACGUGUGGGAAGCGAAGUUGAAGCCCAACAUCAUCACCUACAGUGCUGGGAUCAGCGCGUGCGAGAAAGGCGGGCAAUGGCAGCGCGCCCUGUCGCUGCUUCGCGAGAUGCGAGGGCUAAACGUUGAGCCGAACGUCGUCAGCUACAACGCGGGAAUCAGCUCGUGCGAGAAAUGCGGGCAGUGGCAGCGGGCGCUGUCCCUUCUCAGCGGGAUGACGGAGAAACAGUUGCAGCCCAACAUCAUCAGCUACAGCUCUGGCAUCAGCGCUUGCGAGACUGGCGGGCAGUGGCAGCGGGCUCUUUCGCUGUUGGGCGAGAUGGGGGACGUGAAAAUGGAGCCCAGCCUCAUCAGCUACAGCGCUGGGAUCAGCGCGUGCGGGACAGGCAUGCAGUGGCAGCGGGCUCUGUCGCUGCUGAGCGAGAUGUGGGAGGUGAAGCUGGAGCCCGAGUCAACUACAUUGCUGGGAUCAGCGCGUGCGAGAAAGGCAGGCAAUGGCAGUGGGCUCUUGCAUUGCUCAGCCACGUGUGGGAGGCGAAGUUCGAAGCCAAUUCAGCUACAAUGCUGGGAUCAGCGCGUGCGAGAAGGGCGAGCAGUGGCAGCGGGCCCUGGCGCUGCUGAUCGAGAUGCGGGAGGCGAAGCUGGAGCCCGACGUCAUCAGCUACACCGCUGGGAUCGGCGCCUGCGAGAAAGGCAGGCAAUGGCAGUGGGCUUUUGCGUUGCUCAGCCACAUGUGGGAGGCGAAGUUCGAAGCCAACCGCAUCAGCUACAACGCUGCGAUCAGCGCGUGCCAGAACGGCAAGCAGUGGCAGAGGGCUCUGUUUCUGCUAAGAGACAUCCGCCAGAUGAACUUGUACUCGGACUUGUUCGUGUAUGGGAUUGUAGCCAGCAUGUGCGAGCAUGGCGGACACAAGAAACUGGUGCAGUCGUUGACGAGGGAGAUGUGCGGCCUGAUCGCAGCGGAAUAGCGUAA